UUUUCCAUUUUCCAAAAUAUCAGAUCUCUUCUUCUUCCUUCCUCCGCUUGAGACUUUUAGAUUUAUUUUGUGAUCAGGCUCGGACUGUAAGAUACUGCAACCUCUGUUAAUCAUCUUCUCUUAUGGCGGAUACUGUUGAAGAGCCUCAAUUGCAAAAUGGAACGGCACCAAGUGAGUCAGAAACCGAACAAAGUCCGACUCCGGAACCACAACUCCAAACUGAGCCCAAACUUGCCGGAGAAAUUCCGGAAAUAGAAACGGAUGCGACGCUGGAGGUGACCGAUGCGACGCCGGAGGAAGUACAAUCUGAGGUAAAGCCGGAAGGAGUACAAUCUGAGGUAACCGAUGCGAAGCCGGAGGAAGUACAAUCUGAGGUAAAGCCGGAGGAAGUAAAAUCUGUGAUAACCGAUGUGGAUCUGUCGCCGGGAGGAUCCGAGGAGAUCCCGAUCCAGUUGAAGGAGGCUGAUCAGGAGUCUUCUUCUUCUUCUGUUCUGAAGAAAGAAGAUGAGGGGAAUAAGACCUUUACCAUGAGAGAGUUGCUUAGCGAAUUGAAAAGCGAGGAAGGAGAUGGCACUCCCCACAGUUCCGUUUCUCCCUUUAGUCGAGAAAGUGCUUCUCAACCAGCUGAGAACAAUCCUGCAAUGGAUCUGAUUAACAGGAUCCAAGUUAACGACGAAGAGGGCCGAUCUCGCCAGCGUGUUCUUGCAUUUGCUGCCCGCAAGUAUGCUAGUGCGAUUGAGAGAAAUCCAGAUGAUCAUGAUGCAUUAUACAACUGGGCACUUAUACUCCAGGAAAGUGCUGAUAAUGUCAGCCCAGAUUCUGUUUCACCUUCUAAAGAUGAUUUGCUUGAGGAAGCUUGUAAGAAGUACGAUGAGGCAACCCGUCUCUGCCCGACGCUUUAUGAUGCUUACUACAACUGGGCUAUUGCAAUCUCUGAUAGGGCAAAGAUGCGUGGUCGCACAAAGGAGGCUGAAGAAUUAUGGGAACAGGCAACUAAUAAUUAUGAAAAAGCUGUCCAGCUAAAUUGGAACAGUUCCCAGGCAUUAAACAACUGGGGACUGGCGCUGCAGGAACUCAGUCAAAUUGUUCCAGCUAGGGAGAAGGAAAAGGUUGUUCGAACUGCUAUUAGCAAGUUUCGGGCAGCAAUCAGGUUGCAAUUUGAUUUCCAUCGAGCCAUAUACAACCUUGGAACUGUUCUUUAUGGAUUAGCAGAAGACACACUUAGAACUGGGGGUUCGGGAAACGGCAAAGACAUGCCUCCUGGUGAGUUAUACAGCCAAUCUGCCAUCUACAUUGCUGCAGCUCAUUCGUUGAAGCCAAGUUACUCAGUUUACAGCAGCGCUUUGAGGCUUGUUCGCUCCAUGCUACCUCUACCACAUCUAAAAGUUGGAUAUCUAACAGCACCACCCGUGGGCAACUCACUUGCUCCUCACAGUGAUUGGCAACGCACGGAGUUUGAACUCAAUCACGAGAGGCUUCUACAGGUACUGAAACCUGAACCAAGAGAAAUGGGACGAAACCUGUCAGGAAAAUCAGAAACAAUGAGCACAAACGUGGAGAAGAAGACGGUAAAAGUGAAUAUAACAGAGAUUGUGUCAGUGACCCCUUGUGCUGAUCUUACUCUACCUCCUGGUGCUGGUCUCUGCAUUGAUACCAUUCAUGGCCCAGUCUUCUUGGUUGCAGAUUCAUGGGAGUCAUUAGAUGGAUGGCUGGAUGCGAUUCGUUUGGUUUACACAAUUUACGCGAGAGGGAAGAGUGAUGUUUUAGCCGGUAUUAUCACUGGUUAACAAAACCUCAAACCUUUUUUCAUAAUUAUUUUGCUAUUUCAUUGUUAGUCUUGUGAUGUAUGAUCUUAGUGAAAUAUUUUUGUUGCAAAGAAUUCUCAUUUUCAAACAUAAUUUUUCUUUUUCUCUUUUUGGAAAUUACAAUGGGAUAAUUACGGUUUU